UUCUUGUCCAGCUGCCACCAGGAGCCGGCGACCCAGUGCUCCCUCCGUGCUCAGUGCAGGGCUCUGCGAUGUGGGCCAACGCCACCCUGAAGCCGCUCUGCCCCAUCCUGGAGCAGAUGAGCCGCCUCCAAAGCCACAGCAACUCCACCAUCCGCUACAUGGACCACGUCUCGGUGGUGCUGCACGGGCUGCUGGCGCUGCUAGGCGUGGCGGAGAACGGACUCAUCCUCUUCGUGGUGGGCUGCCGCAUGCGCCAGACGGUCGUCACCACCUGGGUGCUGCACCUGGCGCUCUCCGACCUGCUGGCCACCGCCUCCCUGCCCUUCUUCACCUACUUCCUGGCCAUGGGCCACACGUGGACGCUGGGCACCACCUUCUGCAAGCUGCACUCCUCCGUCUUCUUCCUCAACAUGUUCGCCAGCGGCUUCCUGCUCAGCGCCAUCAGCCUGGACCGCUGCCUGCGCGUGGUCCGGCCCGUGUGGGCGCAGAACCACCGCAACGUCGCCACGGCCCACAAGGUCUGCCUGGUGCUCUGGGCCCUGGCGCUGCUCAACACCGUGCCCUACUUCGUGUUCCGGGACACCAUCCCGCGGCGGGACGGGCGCAUCAUGUGCUACUACAACGUGCUGCUCCUGAACCCGGGGCCUGACCCCGACGCCACGUGCCACUCGCGCCAGGCGGCCCUGGCCGUCAGCAAGUUCCUGCUGGCCUUCGUGCUGCCGCUGGCCAUCAUCGCCUCGAGCCACGCCGCCGUGAGCGUGCAGCUGCGGCACCGCGGCCGCCGCCGGCCCGGCCGCUUCGUGCGCCUGGUGGCGGCCGUCGUGGUGGCCUUCGCGCUCUGCUGGGGGCCCUACCACGUCUUCAGCCUGCUCGAGGCGCGGGCGCACGGCGCCGUGGCGCUGCGGCCGCUCGUGUGGCGCGGCCUGCCCUUCGUCACCAGCCUGGCCUUCAUCAACAGCGUGGUCAACCCGCUACUCUAUGUGUUCACCUGCCCCGACGUGCUGCGCAAGCUGCGGCGCUCGCUGCGCACCGUGCUGGAGAGCGUGCUGGUGGACGACAGCGAGCUGGGCGGCGCGGGGAGCAGCCGCCGCCGCCGCGCCUCCUCCACCACCACCACUUCGGCCGCCUCCUUCUCGCUUGGCGGCCGCCGCCCGCCCACGCUGGGGCCCGCGCGCCUCCUCCGCUGGCUGCGGGACGGCCGCGCCGCGCCCCCGCCGAGGGACCGGACCCGGUCCCAGGACGAGAGGGGCCCGCUGAAUCGCGCGCUGAGCACCGCUUCCGACUAGGACGCGCGCCUCAGCCCCUCCUCCCCGGGAGGCAAAGGCCGGGCGGUGGGCACUUGCGGGCGCAGGAGCACCAGCGGGGUACGUACCCGGGCUCCAACUUCCAAGGUCCUAACCUGGAUCUGGA